AUGGCGACCACACUUCAUUGUCUCUCCACACUCCAUCUUCUUCCUCGCACCCAUCACCCUAAAACCCUAAACUCUCUCAAACCAAUCUCCAAAUCACAACCAUGCAAAAUCCCAGAAAUACCCUCCAAUCCCAACCCCCUCCAGCUCCUUAAAUCCUCCUCUCUCCCUCUCGCUCUCGUCGCAUUGCCUUUCUUCCUCGAUCCACAGGAUGCAGCAGCAGCUGGAGGUGAAUUUGGGAUCUUGGAAGGAAGAUCGUUCGCGUUGAUACACCCGAUUGUGAUGGGAGGCUUGUUCGCGUACACUCUAUGGGCUGGUUACUUAGGUUGGCAAUGGAGGCGUGUCCGUACGAUCCAGACCGAUAUCAACGAGCUCAAGAAACAGCUUAAACCAACACCUGUUUCUCCUGACGGAUCCACGGCCGUUGAAUCUUCUUCGCCGACGGAGCUUGAGAUCCAACGGCUCACGGCAGAGAGGAAAGAGUUGGUCAAAGGGUCUUACAGAGACAAACACUUCGACGCAGGCUCUGUUUUGUUAGGCUUUGGUGUGUUGGAAGCUGUCUUUGGAGGAGUCAACACUUAUCUUCGUACCGGUAAACUCUUUCCCGGUCCUCAUCUUUACGCCGGCGCAGGGAUAACGGUGCUUUGGGCAUUGGCGGCGGCUUUAGUGCCGGCGAUGCAGAAAGGGAAUGAGACGGCGAGGAAUCUACACAUUGCGUUGAAUGGUGUAAAUGUUCUUCUUUUCGUUUGGCAAAUCCCAACAGGUCUUGAUAUCGUUCUUAAGAAUGGGAAAUACGUUAGAGCCAAGGAAGUUUUCGCUGAGAUGAUAAAAUCCGGGGGCUUGAAUUUGCAGUCUUUGCUCAAUUCUGGUCCUAUAUCGAGUUGA